AUGUCGAGUGAUAUUAGGACACCAAUUUACCAAGAAAAGAUUGGAAUAUCUAUUAAAGAAGUUUAUUCAUUUACUCCUAUUGCACGUGAUGCUUUCUCGUCAGUUCUUGUAGGAAAUGCUCUUUACUUUUUCGGUGGACAACCGUAUACUAUUUCAAAUGAAACAUUUUAUCUUGAUGUAUCUCAAUCGUUUAAUUCUGAAAAUCCUCCAUGGAUUGAAACACCAUCAGCGGCAAUCCCAUUCGGAAGUAUAUUUGCUACUGUUUCAUCGACCAUCGUUAACAACAAUCCUUCUAUUUAUUUAUUUGGUGGAUUUAUGUUCGACCCAGUUUCAUUAAUAGACUCAUUUAUAUCAUUUGUAUAUACAUUUGAUCCUCAAACAUUUAAAUGGGAUAUACCACAAACCAAAGGCCAAAUACCAACAAGACGUAGGGAUAUUGAAGCAGUCAAUGAUAGUUCUGGAAAAAUUUAUAUUUUUGGAGGCUCAAAUGAUUUUGCAAGACCAUUCACUUAUUUUAAUGAUAUGAUUAUCUUUGAUACAAAUAUCUUGACUUGGUCAUACGGAACCACUUUCAAUGCUCCUAAAUCAUUAUUCGCUUAUACUGCAACAUUAUUAUCAAAUGGAGUUAUUCCAAAACCUAACCCUACCAAAUCUCAAAUACCUUCUAAUUCACCUAAUUCAUACAAUUCACCUAAUUCUUCCAAAGAUUUAACAACGACGAAAAUAGUCAUUUCUGUCAUUAGUAGUAUUGUAGGAACCACAUUUCUUAUUGGUAUAGGAAUGUUACUUUAUAGAUUGUAUAAAAAAGGAAAGGAAAAGCAAACAUUAAGAAUUUCUGGAAAUUUGGGAAGUGAAUAUAAUGUUGAUAAUCAUCAUGAGAGGGAAGUCGGUGACGAGUAUCCUAUAGUCGGCAAACAGCCUAUUUGCAAGGCAGAGAUCAAAGAUGGGUGUAAUACCAAAGGAGAAAUGGGCAAUGCAGGAUAUUCAAGGUAG